UGUACCACAGGACUUCCAGCCUUCAUUAUCAUUUACACGUCUCUUUUUAUUUGCUCUUGUUGUAUUUUCAGUUUUCACCGUCUCUUCUUUACGUCGCACUAACCCCUUCGAAAGAGAGGCAUGAGUAGUUUAGAGGAAGAACGGCUGAUCCAAAUGGUCCAUGACUUCAUUGAAUCAGAAACGCCAGCAAUACCAGCCUCAACUCCCUUGUGCCAAGACUACACGUGCCUCACUCUUGAGGAGAUUCUUGGAAACUCCACAGACACUGAGAAGGAGAUUCUUGACAAAGCCAUGAAGUAUGUGAGAGAGAUUGGAAGUGAGAAGAGCAGAGGGAGCGUGAAAAAGAGGCUGAUGAUGAGGCUGAGAAUGGAUGGUUGUGAUGCUUUUCUUUGUAGAUCUUCUUGGAUUGCAACUUUGGACUGUCCCGGGGGGGAUUACGAGUAUAUAGUGAUAAUGAAGGAAGGAGAUGAAAACGGUGGUGCUUCUUCAAGCAAGCUAAUAGUGGAUGUAGACUUCAAGGCCCAAUUUGAACUGGCAAGGCCCACUUCAGCCUACAAAAAAUGA